ACAGGUAACAGAGUAUCACACGGAAGGGCGUUUAGUUUCAGGCUUAAAUGCUAUCUUGAGGUGUAACGUUGUUUUGUCACGGCCUAGCAAAUACACAACUUUCAAGUUUUUAAAACGUAAUACACAACCAAGCGUUUUAAAGAAGACCACGUUCUUCUGAUUAAGGGUCUUUCACCUUUAAAAUGGAUAUGUUGACCUUCGCCUUUGUGUUUCUCUCUCUUGUGGCAACAGGAUUGCAUGCUUUUUCGAUUGAUGUUGUUAAUCCUGCUCUGAAGGUGAAAGAGAAUGAAGGAGUGGACAUGAAGUGUAUAUACUCUGCUGACUUUGGAGCAUCACCCAGAGUAGAAUGGAAGUUUAAAGAUGUCAAAGGCUCUCAGGGAUUCAUCUUCUUCGAUGGCAAGCCAACUGGUCCAUAUGCAGACCGUAUCACUGUGUACAAUCAAGGACUGCGGUUUAACAAGGUGACACGAGCAGACACGGGAGACUAUGACUGUGAGGUGUACGGCAGUGACAAUUAUGCUGAGAAGACCAUCAAGCUCACAGUCCUUGUGCCUCCUGGCAAGCCUAUAGCCAGAAUUCCUCCUUCAGUGACAACCGGAAAUAAGGCCCUCUUGACCUGCUUCGACGUUGUCGGUUCCCCACCAUCCACCUAUAAGUGGUACAAAAACAACGCUCCUCUCCCUGAGGAUCCAAGCAAGUUCGACGCAUUUAGAAACCUUACGUACAAGAUGAACACUUUCAAUGGUAACCUGGAGUUCCAGAGUGUGUCUAAGAUUGAUAUUGGCGCGUAUUACUGUGAGGCUGGAAAUAGUGAAGGCACGCAGAGAAGUGAAACAGUGCAGAUGGAUGUCCGUGAUGUAAAUGUUGGCGGCAUCGUUGCGGGGGUCAUUGUGGCUUUGCUGGCAGUAGGGUUGCUUCUGUUUGCACUCUGGUAUGCUAAUAAAAAGGGAUUUCUACCAAAAAUGAGUGAAAGAAAGCCGAAAACAGCUUUGUAUACACCGCCUAGGACAGAAGAUGUGGAUGCUGGAGAUGGGGAAUUCAGACAGAAAUCCUCAUUUGUGGUGUAGCCUUUACUGCUUCAGAGAAAACAUCAAGAUUCAUUGCCUAGAUCAAGUUUUCUAUUUAAAGGGAUAGUUCACCCAGAAAGUCUUCAUUUACUCACUCCCGUUUUAAACCUGCAUGGCUUUCCUUUCUCUGUUGAAUACAAUAGAAGAUAUUUUAAUAAAUGAUGGUAGCCACACAGUUACCCAUUAACUUCCAUAGUAGGAAAGAUAAAUAUAUAAAAUAUCUUCUGUGUUUAAUAGAAUAAAGAAACUCGUACAGGAUUAGAGCAACAUUAAGUUUGAGUAAAUGAUGACAGAAUUUUCAUUUUUGAGUGAACUGUCCCUUUAAGUUAAUGAGUCAGGAUAUCUGGAUAUGCUUACGAUAACUGGAUGUGCUUUCCUGGGCUGCUUACUGCACUAGUUGACCCAAAAAUAUAUUUAAAAGCUUUUAGAAAGAAGGGUAAAUGUGUGUAAGUGGUAGUAUAAACUUGUAGAUUUUGUUUGUUUCAUGUAGCUAAAUCCUAUGUCCCUGUUUUGCAGAAUUCAAAAGAGAUGUGAUUAGGAUAAUUUAUUGAAGUAUGAUUACUCUGUACAAAAUAACCCUAAAGGGCCCGUUAAUAAUGCAGUUUUUAUGACAUACUGUUCAGUUACGUGUUUGGUAGUAAGUAUGCUUUUACACAACAAUGCAGUGGUAUAUUAAAACCAGUGGGGAAAAGAAGUUAAUGCAAAUAUUCUCCAUUCAGAAAAUAACCUCUGUCCCCCUUCAUAUAAAGAUGUGCUGUAUAUUGUAUCCUUAAAUGUUUAUCGUUUAUUGUUUUACUCAACGGGCAAUAUUUUCAUGAUUUGCAUUUGUGUGUGUAUAUUUUUAAAAAUGUUUUAUACAUAAUUCUUGAAUGUAAAUAGAUUCUCUUUUUUUUAAAAUGGGAUUUUAGAAAAAGUUUUACAUUAAACUUCACUGACCAGAUAG